AUGAAGAAGGUUUAUUCAUGGUUUUCAAGCGAUAAUACUGAAAAAAUUGCAAAAACAAUAAAGAAAAUAACGUCUGAAAAAAUGUUAUCUAUUAAUAAUAAAAUUUCAUCCUUAUCAGAUACAUUUUUUUUAACUCUUUCUGGAAUAAAAGAAAAAAUUGAUAAUAAAAGUAAAAUAAUUGAUAAAUCACAUAAUUUAUUAGUUUUCAUAAUUAUGUCAAUUACUUUUAUUUCAUCUGUUUUUUUUUUAAAAAAACGUUUUUCGUGGCUUUGUAAAUGUUUUUAUUGCUCAAGAAAUCAAAAUUUGCCAUAUCCAACACAUUAUCCAUUUAGAGGACAAGUUUACAAUAGUAGAAGAGGAAGAUUAUCUGUUGAUAGAAGAAAUUCUUAUUAUGAUGCCUAA